AUAGAGAGUAAAGUGCAACACUGCUACUCCGGUCUCCGCCACAGUAUUCGGGAAUCUCUCUGCGCAAAAUGGAAGGAAAUACUUCGCCAUUUAAGCUAAUCUUGGGUUCUGCUUCAGCGCCACGUCGACAAGUUUUAGCUGAAAUGGGAUAUGAAUUCAUCACCAUGAGUGCAGACAUAGAUGAGAAAGCUAUUCGUAAAGAGAAGCCUGAAGAUUUGGUUAUGGCUCUUGCUGAGGCAAAGGCUGAAGCCAUCAUACCGAGACUUAACAUUGAUGAAUCUAUGGAAGAUGCUGAGCCAAUGCUUCUGAUUACAUGUGACCAGGUGGUGGUGUAUGAGGGUAUGAUCAGGGAGAAACCAGAGAACAAAGAAGAAGCACGGGAAUUCAUUAAAGAUUACUCAAAUGGACAAGCAGCAACCAUUAGUUCUGUUCUUGUUACAAACUUGAAAACUGGGAAGAAAAGAGGUGAAUUGGAUAAAGUAGAGAUUUAUUUCCAUGAAAUACCAGAAGAUGUCAUGGAUAAGCUGAUUGAGGAAGGGACGGUGCUCUAUGUAGCUGGCGGCCUGCUAAUUGAACAUCCCUUGAUACAGCCUUAUAUAAAGCGAGUGGCUGGAGCAACUGAUAGCGUGAUGGGACUUCCCAAAGCUCUCACGCAAAGACUGAUAACCGAGGUUCUCUAGAAUGUCUAGCGUCGGCCUUGCUCCGGUUACUCUCAAUCAUCGACUCUUGAAUUAUGCUAAUUGUGCUAUGAAACAUUCAAGGACAUUGUAUUAAACUAAAAUGCUUCUGUAUUUGAUGUGCACCAAGGUCUGAAACUCUGAAGUUUGAAACUGAAAUUAAAAGUUUGAUUCAAUUAUUGACUGAAUCAAAGUACUAUGAGGUUUAAAAUA